AUGAUAGAUGAAAAGGUGCAUGAACAAUUUUUGUACAUUGUACGUGUACAAUCGGUCUGGAGUUCGACUUCUCUUCACAAUACGAAACUGACAAUAAGGAAAUCGACAAUGAAGAGAGAAGAGCUUUCUGAUGUUGAAAUGGAGGAAGAGAGCAACUCCUUGGACGAGCUAGGAGCAUCAACACCGAUAGCCAAAGAUUCCAAUUUUGGAGCCAUCGCCGCUGAUUUGAAAGAAGUUUCCACCGAAAUCAUAGAUCCGCGCUUCUACUCAUUGACGAAGCAUAUCGACAAACGGGUUAUUCUAGGAAUGGGAACUCCACCUCAAGCGCUGCAAAGUGUGCCACAGAUGAAUUUCUUCGCCCUCAAAGCUGGCAUGGAAUUCAGCUUCUACAUCGAGCACACUGAAGAAACAAGCAACAAUUUGACGUUAGACAACCUGGGAAAAUGGAAUAAACGAGGCGCUCCAUCGGUUGUCAAUCGCUAUUACUACGAUCAAAAGUUCAGAAAUGUGAAAAAGGAUCAACUCUACCAAUAUGAGAUUCUCUGUUAUUCGAGCAAGAAUCAUUCGGCGGAGCCGAUCGGAUCAAUAUCGAGGAAAAUUUGGAAAGGAUUUGACUACGAUUUCAAGCCGAUUGGAACAGCCAUCAUUUCGUAUUCUGUUGGACACGAUUUUCAAGAAUUCCAUCCAGAGAUUCAAGGCAAUACCCGGCACUCAGAGCGCUCUUUGCAGCGGCGAGAGAAUCCACCGAUGUUGAGGAAUGUGUCCACCCCAUCCACAGCUUCUCAAGGAAUCAGAAAACCCGUUCCACGUCUCAUCGAUGGUCCCUCGUUGAAAACCCUUCCACUUGGCAAUGGAGAAGCUGCAAGGAAACGAAAACUGGAUCAAAUGCUGAGCCCGUCCGAUGUCCUGGAGCAGCUAUUCAAGCCAGCAGAGACAACACAAACGGAGAAAUUGUUUCAAGGCCAUACUUUUGCCGAUUAUUCGGAUGAAGAACCGUCAAAUGGCUUUGAUGAAGAGGAGAGUGAAGAGUCGCCUUUUGCGCCGAAGCAGGAGGCUCUUGAUGGCCUUGAUGCGAGUGACACAGUGGAGAUGGUUUCGAGCGACAUUGUUGACUUUGAUUUCUACGGAUCGCUGAAAGAUGUUCCCACGGAGAUCCUCAUCGGCAAGAAAAAACCGCCACAAUGCCUCAGCAAAGUGCCAAAUUUGCGAACGAGUGCUUUAAAGCCCAAUAUGAGCUUCAGCUUCUACAUCGAGCACAAUAAAGAAACAACGGGAAUUUUGACAUAUGAUAAUCUUGGCUAUUGGAGCCGUCGCCACUUCCCAUCUUUGAUGAACCGCUUCUACUUUGACGACAACUUCAAGAAAAUGAUGUACAUCAGCCAAAAUCACUCACAUUUCCCGGUUGGAUCGUUGAAGAGACGAAUCUGGAAAUGUUUUGACAGUGAUGGGGUGCCGAUUGGAACGGCUAUCGUCUCGUAUAGCACAAAUGAAGACUUUCAAUCAAACGGUGAAAUGAUGCAAAGAAACGGCAAGUUCGACUUGGUCACGGCUGGAAACGAAAAGCCCAGUUCUUCAUUUGCUGGAAGUCCAGACACGAGAAUGUUCCCCGCACUAAUGGAUUCGAAAAGCAUUGGGCAAGCCGCCAAAACUGACCGACUUCAAUUCUACUGUUGGUUAUGUCCCCUGACAAAAGCCGGAAAAGUGGGAUACGACUUUAAGGAAUCUCUCCAAAUGCACUUUCAUCGACACCACAGCAAAGAAGAGUUUAAAGAAGGGAUUGACAAAUUGCUUGACAAGCCGACUACUUCAAGAACAACACCAUCUAGGAACAAGAGAACUGUUCGACCAUCACAAGCUUCACUUCUAAAACUACAACCAGUUGAUCGCCAGGCGGAGAGUUCGAUGAAGAUUUUGAAAUCCUCGACGUUCAGAUCACUCCCAUAUCAACCCCAAUCCUCCACAAGCACGCUUCGUAAUCAACUAAAGUUCAAGCUAAGCAAGCUUUACCCGAAGAUUCACCAAACGGCCACUUUUCUGAUGAAUACUGAUUUGAAUCAAGCCGCUAAUUACAUAGCAGGUCUUGAAAUGAUGGCAAAUUUGGAUGAAGGAGAAAGCUCAACAACUGGAGGACAAUUUGCAAAGAAUGAGGAUCUUUUCGAUAUGGGGAUUCUGGGAAUGAAGCAGGAUACGAGUUCCGAAAAUGAUGAUAGGCAAGGUCUCUUCAGGAGCUGCUCAAUCUGCCUACAAACGCUGCCUGACGAUUUGACUGUGCCAGUGGAGUGGCUGAAAUGUGAAGAAUGUCAUGGAUGGACUCAUAAAUCCUGUCGAGAAGCUGAUCUCCCAUGUCCUUCUUGUCUUCGAGGACUCUUGAAAGCGGAAACUUCAAAUGAGGAUCAGAAUUUUGUACAAGUGAAGGAUGAAAUCGAUAAC